AUGAAUAUCUACUCUGCACAUGACCCCUUCUAUAGCUAGCCAUGUUAAACUGUACACCUAUAGUUUGCUAACAAGUCAAUAGCUAUGGCCGAGAGACAAGACCGUGAACAAGAGUACAUAUUUAGAAAUGUUCAACUCUUCAAAAAUGAUACCCUUGGUACUGGCUCCUACGGGGCAGUGUGUAAAGCCAAGUGUGACCAGCUACUCUGUGCUGCCAAGCUACUCUAUCCAGUGCUCUUCCAGAUGACUGUUCCUGAUCUUGGCAAAGAACAUAGACACCCGUUUAGAAGAUUCGAAACAGAGUGUGCAUUUCUAAAACGUAUCAACCAUCCCAACAUUGUACAGUACUUGGGGACCUAUCGCGAUCCGGACACAAAUGCACCAGUUCUUCUCAUGGAACUUAUGGAUGAGAGUUUGACACACUUCCUGGAGUCAUUACCUGGAGACAUUCCCUACCACAUUCAAGUCAACCUCUCCUAUGACAUCGUUCAAGCACUUGCCUUUCUCCACUCCAAUGGAAUCAUCCAUCGCGACCUCUCCAGCAACAAUGUUCUACUGAUCGCAGGCACUCGAGCCAAAGUCACCGAUUUUGGAAUGUCUAAAUUCAGGGACAUAAACAUCACCCGACAAGCCACAAUGACCACAUGCCCGGGAAAACCAGCCUUCAUGUCUCCAGAGGCACUAAACCAACCACCAGUGUACACAGAGAAACUAGACAACUUCUCAUUUGGUGUGCUUCUAGUUCAGACCACAACUCGACAGUUUCCAAAUCCAACAGAUCCAUUUGAUACUGUUCAACUUCCCGAUCCACGAAAUCCAGGGCGCACAGUUGAAGCUAGAUUGCCGAUUCCAGAACUAGAGAGAAGACAAGCUCACAUGAGCCUGAUUGAGCCCACCCAUCCUCUACUACCAAUUGCUCGGCACUGCCUCAAAGACAGAGAUGUUGAACGACCAUCUUCCCAACAGCUUUGCCAAACACUGGAUGCUCUCAAGAGGACCCCACGGUACCAGGAAAGCUCCCAACAAGACCUGCUCCAGAUGCUCAGAGAGAAAGAUGAACAACUACAAGCAAAUCGAGAGACAAUAACACAAAACAAUGAACAUUUUCAUACACAAGCUAAUGAAAUUCAAACCCUCCAGUAUGACAAAGCAACCCUUCAACAGGAGGCUGAAGCCAGGGAGAGACAGCUGAGGAGACUCAACCAAGAGUUGCAAUCAAAUGAGGAGAACACUGCUGCCCUCCAAAAAGCCAUCGAUCAACGAGACAGAGAAGUGACUCAACUGAGAGAAACGUUGGCAAGCAAGAAAGAGGAAUCUCAUGAUUUAUCGACUCGAAUGCACCAAGUUGCAUUGCAAUAUGAGCAAGCUACACUGAAGAAACCUGUUACAAUCGAGUCAGCACCUGUUAAUAUUGGGUCUGGAUCAUCUGCCGUGAUUGGAGACAAGGCAUACCUUAAUAAUAGAAGCACAACUGUUUAUGAGUUCAGUAACAAUCAUUGGCAUGAGUUACCAACUUACCAUAACGAGUGCUUCACGAUUGUCAAUGUUGAUGACAUGCUCACAACUGUGGGGGGACGGUCAGACACACAAUACUAUACUAACAAACUCUACAGCUACAUUAACAACAAAUGGGUUGAACACUUCCCUCCCAUGCCAACUAGACGAUGGACACCUGGAGCUGUGUACGCUAACAACACGCUUGUAGUGGCUGGAGGAUUUCGUGAUUCAAAAAUUUUAAAUACAGUCGAAAUAUUAAACACUGCUAACAUGCAAUGGUCUAUUGUUAGCUCAUUACCUGUGCCAACCCGUCACCCAUCAACAGCAAUCUGUGGAGACUACGUGUAUAUACACCCACGAGCUAUUCAUGCUCAAGAGAAGUAUUCAGUGUACAAAUGCUCAGUAAGACAAAUAACUCAGUCACAACCAAGCUCAGCUAUAUGGAAGAAGAUUGCCCUUUUACCAGUUAGCUGGUCCACUCUUGUUACCAUCAAUGGCCACCUGCUGGCAGUGGGUGGGGAGCACUACUCUAAUGGAGAAUACACUAAGAACAUAUAUCAGUACAACGAGACAUCAUGGAUUAUAAAAAAUCAAAUGUCAACACCUCGAGCAGCAUGCGUCACUGCUGCCCUCCCUGGGAACAAACUGAUGGUGGUGGGAGGAGACGAUACAAGGAGAAAAUGUGAAAUAGCUACUUGUGUAUAGCACAUGCAUGUACAUGUAUCAAAUUUGUUCAUUAAAAUUAAUUUGCAUAAUAAUUAUAGAUUUAUUCGUUAUGUAUUUGAAUCAGCAUGACAGCAUGCAGAAGCAAUGAAAAAUAACUGUUUUUUGGAUUGCACCAUGCCAGUGUUGUUAAUAAUAAUUAUUAUAUAUACC